UCGCCCUGACUACGACGAGGCCGGUAAUAGCGGACCGGAAGUGACCGAAGGCGAAGAGGUUAAAGGGCAAAGGUGGCGCCGGGAGGAAGAUGGCGGUGGUGUGGUUUCUGCUCAUGAGUCUUAGCUUAUGGGCUGCGCUUACGGGCAUCCUCAGUGGAUUGAGCCGGGGCUGAGGCCUCUGUCGCGGCCGUGUGAAGGCAGCGCGGGGCGACGUCGCCAGGUCUGAGGCCGUCUCUUCCCGUCAGGAGUGUCGGGACCGCGUUUCAGAGCCAUGCUGUCAUGGAAAGGGAUUUACUUUGUACUUGCACUGUUCUUGGGAAGCUUCUUUGGAAGCAUUUUUAUGCUUGGUCCCUUGCUGCCACUGAUGUUUAUCUCCCCGGCUUGGUAUCGUUGGAUCACUGAUCGUGUUGUGGCUACCUGGCUUACACUUCCAGUGGCUUUACUGGAGAUCGUGUUUGGCUCAAAGGUGGUUAUAACAGGUGAUGGAUUUAUCCCUGGAGAAAGAAGUGUCAUUGUUAUGAACCAUCGAACACGAAUGGACUGGAUGUUUCUAUGGAAUUGCCUCCUGAGAUAUAGCUACCUCAGACUUGAAAAAAUAUGUCUCAAAUCUAGUCUCAAAGGCAUUCCAGGAUUUGGUUGGGCUAUGCAGGUUUCUGCUUUCAUUUUCAUUCAAAGGAAAUGGGAAGAAGAUAGGCAUCAUUUUGAGAAUAUGCUGGAUUAUUUCUGCGACAUUCAUGAACCCCUGCAGCUUCUCAUCUUUCCUGAAGGGACUGAUCUCACAGACCACACCAAAGCCCGCAGCAAUGCAUUUGCUGAAAAGAAUGGACUUCAGAAAUACGAAUACGUCUUGCACCCAAGAACUACAGGCUUCACUUUUAUAGUGAAACGUUUAAGAGAUGGUAAUAACCUUGAUGCUAUCCAUGACAUAACAGUGGCAUAUCCUCAAAACAUUCCUCAAACUGAGAAGCAUCUUCUGUUUGGAAAUUUCCCAAAGGAAAUCCAUUUUCACGUCCAGAGAUACCCAGUAGAGUCUCUGCCAGCCUCUCAGGAAGAAUUGCAACUCUGGUGUCAGAAGCGCUGGGAAGAAAAGGAGGAAAGGCUCCGCAUGUUCUAUGAAGGCAAAAAAUACUUUGACGUAACAGGGAGAAGCAGAAUUCCACCCUGUAAAUCAGAGCUCAGGGUCAUCAUUGUUAAAUGCAUUUCAUUAUUGUACUGGACAUUGUUCACUUUGGCUGGCUUUGUGCUGCUAUACUUGUACAGCUUUGUACGGUGGUAUUUUGUGACUAUGAUUGUCAUUUUUGUUGUGCAGCAAAAACUGUUUGGUGGGCUUGAAUUUAUAGAACUUGCAUGUCAUCAAUUCUUCAGUAAAAAAACAACGCGAAGUGACUAAAUCUGUCUGGCAUAAACUGUAUGGAUGGUGUUGUAUUUGUGGGCUAUAAAGUUUCAAAGUUGAAGAGUUUGCAUGAGAAUUGUUAAUCUGUCUUAAUUGGUGAAUACACUGUGCACUUACAUUGGAAAAGAAAAAAACAGUAGAUUAUAUGGUUUUUUUUUAAUUUUUAAAUGUAUUUUUAGUGUGUUACUUGCUGGCAGCCAGCAGCUAUGUCACUGCAAAGCAGUUUGCUGGCCAAUCAAAAUGUAUAUCUAUGGACUGUGUAGACACGUAGUUUGAACAGCAGGACAAGCUGUGUAGCUAAAAUCAGCAGCGCUUGUUUUAUUCCUAUACAGCCCUGCUUUAAUGUAAGAGCUGAAAGAUCCCAGCUCCUUACAUGAAUAAUACCUGCUUUUAUUUCUUUUCCCAUCUGUUGUAAAACGUAAGCGCACCAUGCAAUUGCUAUCAUUAACCAGAGGUUAGAGAUUGGACUACAACACCCUGAAUAUCCUAGGCAGCAUAGCAAGUGGCAUUCUGAGAGCAAUCAUCCAGAAAAUAAUUUUUCCAAGCUUUGUCACUAGCAGCAGCAAAUUGUCUCACCUACCAAAUAAGAAGAGUAAACAAAGGCUCUUAAUUUGGACUCAUUCUAUUAUAUUCUAUUUUAGCACACCUGCCCUGUCACAAUUAAAUUCUUACAAUUCAUACUGUCAUUUUGCUUCACAACGAAUUUCAUUGAACAUUGCUAGAGCUGAUCUUCUAAGUAAAUGUGAUAGCAAUGAUUUUAAAUUUGUCUUAGUGGCUGAGUUAGACAGUGUUUAUGUUGCAGUUUUUCAGAAGAGUUUCUUUUGGGUAAACUGCUCGCACACUGGACUGAUGUUUUUCAGGUUUGCACAGGAAGGUAUCCUGUACCUCCUUGUGCAGAUAGAAGUUCCAUUCAUUCUAACUUGACAAUCUAUACAUGUGGAACAAUGCAGGUGGAAUGUUAUGUUCUGCCAGAACUCAACUAAAUUCUACCCAGAGCUCAACAGGAUUAAAUCUUCCAUAACAUCAGAUUUGGCCAUAUCUACGUAAGUCUCAGCUUUAUUUUGUGUUCAGAUUGUAGACUAUUUCAACUGGGUUGGCCUGCAAGAUGAUCCCACAGCAAACUAUUAUCAAGUCUGAAAAGUUAUCCAACUUAAGUUGACAAUAACAACAGCAAUAAUACUGAGUCUCUUCCCAAGAAAAUUAUAGGAAUCUAACCUGAAUUUUUAAAAGUCAGUUAAUAUAAGGAGAAAUAAUUAUUCUUCCCACAAAAUUAAAAGGGAAGUAAUGUUCAAAUUGUGCUUCUUGUAGGGUACUAACAGGAAAUAGUUUAGAGUUUUUGUUUCCUUGCUUUUUAAAAAAAGGAAUAUGCUCAGAUAGCAAAUGUUAUCUCACUUCACACUAAGUAGUAUCAGUAGAGAGCUCGCCAUUCCUUUCUUUCCAUAUCACCAUGUAUGAAGAGAUGGCAUAUUUCUGAGACAAAACAAUACAUAGGAAUGAAUUUAAGCAUUCGGUGAAAUACUUUUGAAAAAAUAUAAGGGUUCCACACAAUUUUAUAAAACUAUGAUUGAAUAACCUUCUGUCAUACCGUGAAAAUUAUCACUGAAACCGAGAAUUGUGACAAAGAGAAAUUUUUCUCUUCCCUCUCAAGACACCUUUUAAAAUAGGCCCACAAUAUCUAACAGGCAGAUUCUUUCAGUCCUCCGCCUUUGUGUAGUGACUUACAUGUACGUACAGUCCUUGAAUUUCUUAGCUUAGUUGUCAUUGUAGAUGACUGUGCACUUUCCCCUUCAACCCUUUUUCCUCAAAUUGGGAUGAACUCUUGCCCUGGCAGCAUUUGUCACUAAAUCUUCAUUGCUGAUGAAACAAGCCAAGGCAUUUUUCUUCCCUGCACUGAAUAUUAGUAAUGCUAGAACCAGCUCAUGAAGAAUUUUGUGUUGAUCACACUAAAUGUCAUGUGUAGUCCCAUGUCUUUGUUCAACCCCCAUUGCUUCUGCAGUGCUUUUUUAUAGAUCAUUUUAUAAAUAUAUUGUAUUAAAAGACAAUGGGUUGUGAAAGGUCUUCAGAGUAGGCUUAGUUUUCAAACUUUAUGAAACAUUACAAUGUUUUUGCCAUGAACCAAUAACUUGUAUCUACAGGAACAAUAAAGAAUUUAAAACAUG